GUGCUGAAAGUCGGAGCGCUCCCUCCUUCAGUCUCACCCGAUGACGAUGACUGCGACCUCGACUGCAAAAGACAGCAAAGACUGUCUCCCGUCUCGUUUGCUUUCUUUUUCUCUUUUAAAUACUCUAUAACUUGUACAGAUGUGGAUUUGUAUCUCCCUUUUUUUCCACGCAACCGCUGGAUGUACACACGCAUAUACGUGCAACAAGAUCGACUGCCGCUUUCUAACAUUUACCUGCAUCCUUCUGGAAAUACUGAAUUGAUUGUCGGGAACCUCUGGGAUUUUCUUUUUCAGUUUUCUUGGUCUUUUUUUUUUCUUUUUGCCGCAUGACGUUGGACGUGAACUGCAAUAUUGUCACAAAAAGGUGAGACGGAUGAGAAUAACUAUGAAGCAGACCUACUUUUUCGUGGAUGUCAUUUUCUUUGCACUGGAAAAGGGGAAGAAAUUGUCGAAAAGACCACUCUUUAAUUGCUUUUGAACGCCGUUGAUCACGAACCGGGAGGGGAAUACAAUGUCUCGUGGCGCCUGGUGAAUUCAUCGUGAGGAUAGUGUGAAGUUUCCAAUUGGCAAAGGCGACUGUCUGUGAUCUGUUCCAGCCUUCUAUGUGCUGGUUUUUCUGGCUUCACGCUAACAGGAUAUCAAGCAGUUUCACCGCGACCAUCUCCUCCUAUGGUGAUGAUGAUGAUGGUGGUGAUAAUAAAGCGCCGGACGGAUCCGGACAGGAUACCGAGAGUGUAGAGAUGACAUCCACGCAGUGGUGACUCCAUGUGGAUGUGGUUGCGGGGCAGGAUGAGCCCUCUCCCCCGGGUCCUGCUGCUGGCCCUGCUGGCCCUGCUGGCCGCGGCCUCGGCCAUGGCUGGGAACCCCGAGGACUACAGCCCGGACGAGGCGGAGCGCUCCGCCGCCGACGGCGUCGUCUUCGACGACUACCGGGGCAAAGGCUGCGUGGACGACAGCGGCUUCGUGUACAAGCUCGGGGAGCGCUUCUACCCGGGACACUCGAACUGCCCGUGCGUGUGCACGGAGGACGGGCCCGUGUGCGACCAGCCCGAGUGCCCCAAACUGCACCCCAAGUGCACCAAAGUGGAGCACAAUGGAUGCUGCCCCGAGUGCAAAGAGGUGAAAAACUUUUGCGAGUACAGAGGGAAAACAUAUAAAAUCCUGGAAGAAUUCAAGCCGUCGCCCUGUGAAUGGUGCCGCUGCGAACCAAAUAACGAGGUGCACUGCGUGGUGUCCGACUGUGCCGUCCCCGAGUGCGUCAACCCCGUUUAUGAACCGGAGCAAUGCUGCCCCAUCUGUAAAAACGGUCCAAAUUGCUUUGCUGGAACAACGAUCAUCCCAGCCGGAAUUGAAGUGAAGGUGGACGACUGCACCAUCUGCCGCUGCCACAACGGAGACUGGUGGAAGCCGGCGCAGUGCUUGCGUCGGGAGUGCCUCAACGGCCAGUUUUCAUAGAGGGACUUCACGGGGGAUGGUGGAUAAGCUCAGGCAAGGCUCUGCCUAUACUGCGCCAUUUUGUAUGAUUGACAGGGCAGGAGCACAAUUCCUUAUAAAAAAAAGAAACAAAAGAGGAAAAAAAAAGAGAGAGAAUCGAAGAAAUGCUCUCACAAGCUUCACACAAAUAGAAAUUCAGCCAACGAGAUGAUGAUGGAACUUGUCUCACGGCUGUUUCCACCCUCCAGUUUUACUCGUCCUAUAUAUUUUCAAAAAGUUGACUCGCUUGACUCGCUGCUCUAACACAGAAAGUUUCUAAGCUCCUUCAACUCUUUCCUAGCCACUGGCAAUGUUGAAUUGCUCAUUUCUGUAUGUAUGUCGCCUGUUUGUUGUAUGCGUCUGUCACAACCAUGCAGGUGUUGUAAAGGUCCAACAGCAGAAGGAAAAAAAAAAACAAACGAAAGCACACUUUACAGAGCUCCUUCUUUUCCUUGGUUACGCUGGGAUUGACACUGCAAACUCACAACUUCACUCUUAAGAGCUUGUUUACAAAAUGCACAUUACUUAUUGUUUGUCUUGAAUAGGUUUUAAUCACUGUGGCUCUCUUCUAUGCUUCUAUUCCUUACAUGAUGCUACUGCCGAAUUUCAUAACAUUUCACAGGCUGCAAUGAACCAAUUAUGUUUUUUUUUUCUGUCUUUAAUCAGUAACUACUCCAACUCUUGCGGGGAGCAGGAAUUAUAUCAAAAGUAAAACUCUGUGCAACCCUUUCCAGACCAAAUGGUUUUAUUGUUUAUUCUCCAAGCUCCAUGUCCUCCACUAACUAACUGCUUGAACUUGUUAUCAAAGCAGUUUGCCAGCCAAGAGCAGCCCGCUUUAAUUUCCUUAAUCAGGAGUAUUCUGUGAUAAAUCCUCCAGCUGGGUGCUUGGCGCUCCUGCAGCCUGCAUGCUGGGCACAUUUAACAAGAACCAGCAGACAAGAGGAGGGUAUCUGCAUAUGACUAAACGCCUUUUAAGCAGCGUUUGCAAGUAUAACGUCCACGUGAAGAUGCACGGGGACACAAGCGACUCAUCCACACUCACUGGGGAACUUGAAUAAACACCUUAAAUGAGGCUGGGUAAAACACAAAGCUAUAUACGCUGCAGAUUAUGUAACGGCUUUAGCCCCGCCGGCCCCUCCUGAACAUGUCAGAUUGUCUCAGCCAUGUGGCGGAGCAAUGGCCAGGGCUACAACACACAGACGAGCUAAUGUACUACCGGUUUUUUUCAGGCCAAAGACGUUGUCAAGUGAUCCAGUCUGAAACAAAAAAAAAACAACCAGGCCCCAAAACACAGAUUUUUAUGUUGUUCGGGGGGGAGGGUGAUGAAUACUAGUCAUUAUUUCCAAAGGUGAAUCUCCGUUAGCUCAAGCCAUCCGUCACUAGAAUGUUUUCCAUUUCCAGAAAAUCUGUUCCCGUUACCCUUACAGACCCAUUCGGUGAUGGAUGGGCUGCUUAAUAGCAGCUUCCAGCACUUUGUAAUGAGACAGAUAUGAACAUAGGAUAAAGACCAACGACUAAAGAGCCGGAUUACCUUAAAAAGCACCAAAAAUCCUUUUGGAACGACGUCAUUGUCUUCAAAGUCUCCUGCACAGCUGCAACAUGGGAAAUCAAAGAAAAAGGCGUUUUGGUGAAGUUGAGUCUUUUCAGCCACAAUCUAGGUUACAUUAUUUUCAUCAUUAAGCUGCAGUGAUUUAGUAUCGUUCAGUUUGCAAAGACAGACCAUUUAUCUGGCUUGAGUUCUGCAGGCUCAUAAAACAAAACGGACAUGAAUGGUUUAUCCCUCGCAACCGUGGUCGUGCAGACAUUUUUAAAAAUCUUUUUAGGGGAUUCAUUCAUCACGAGUACUUUAAAUGCCACAUAAUUAUUUAGCUUGUACACGUAGACACAUGAAGACAAAGGAAAUUAGAAGCAGUUCAGUGGAUCACUGCUGAGUCAGGCUGAAGUUAGAGUGCCAGUUGACGGGGCUCAAAGGCACUGCUGCCACCACAGAUGCCUUAUUGCUACUGUUCCUGAUGAGAUUCACAAUGCAUGGCCUUUGGCAUCACACAGAAUGAACAGCCCAGGCUGCUUUAAGAGCUAAUUUGCUUCACUUCCCUGUGCAAUGGUUUAAUCCCGUAUUACCCAAAACUAUUCGUUGUUUAAAUCCUUCAACAUCCCAGUAACAGCUGGUGGGCUCCACGAGAGUACAAGAGCAGGUACAGCUCCUUCUCCUUUAGUGUUGGGACUACAAAAAAAAAAAAAAAACAGGGUGGCAAUAUGUGAGAGGUAAAGGAGAAACAAUUCAAGUGUCAGAUUUCAAACUUAAGCAACUCGAUUAAUGUGACAUUGUUUUUUAUUGUAAUGAUGGACUCUUCUGCUUUGCAUUUAGGAAUCGAACCCGUGUAGCACUGGCUCGGUAGACAGUUCAACUGUUAACCAGGAUGAUAAUACACUCAAAUCUGGCGGUAGUUAAAGAAAGCCGUGUAAAAAAAUAAAUAAAGAAAUUGGGUUCACUGCAGCAGAGCAGAUGCAGGCAUGCAGCAGGACUGCACUCGUGCAUAUGAUGCUCUGCACUUCAAGUAAGUGCACACGAAACAGAGCGACUCCAAAAGCUCUCAUCGAGAACCAAGCAGGGCGGAUUUGAAACACGGAUGCGUUAACACAGUUGUAGGCUGCGUGCCAUUUGAAAGAAGAGUCUGCUUUUAAAAAAACACGGGAGGUGUCAAUGCGGUACAGAACUGCUGCACUGCACUGCGUGCAUCUCCGUCUCCUCCUGAGCAAAUCAAAGGGAAUUACAUUUUCAAGUACAGACGAGCUGUGCAGUCUCUUUGUGUGUGUUUAGCAAGGAAACUUGAGUCUUUCUGUCCGUCUGUGAAUGUCUACUCUAACGGCGCCAUUGUCCUCAGCACCCUCAUGAAAACCUCUGGCUUGUAGUAGUUGGGCAUUUUGUACAGAUGCACCAUUUUGCUUUAUCCACGAGACACCGACUCACUGUAGCUGGAAAUUAUGGAAGAUUGUUUUUCCUUUCCUCUUCUUAUGAUUUUUUUUUCAGCAACUAAACUGUUACAUAACGUGUGCCUGAAAACCAACACAGAUGUGGUGAAGGAAGAGAGAAACACUGUUAUUAUACAAUCAAUUGUAUUAUUGUUCUUUUUUCGGGGGGCGGGGGGGCACCAAGGGUUGGUUAAUGUGGGACUCAAAUAUGACAUUAAAAUUUGAGUUUUCAAUCACGAGCACCUUUUGAUUGUAUGUGGAUUCACACAAGUUUAACCUGAGCUGAACAACAAAGGGUCCAAAUUUCCAGAGAAACCCUUGGUGCUCCAAAUGUUGUUCAUAUGUAAAUAUCUUUAAACGUCAAAUGUGUAUUAUGAAACGAGGUGGAGUUUAAAAAAAAAACAAAUGGAUAUCAGAAAUAAGAUAAUGUGUAUUCUUCAUUGAGACAAACAUAUUUUGUUAAAUACACUUGGAAAUAAGUGUCAUUCAGCAAAAAUUGUUUUUUUGUAUUUAUUUUAUUUAUUGCUUAAUUUUUCUCCUGAGAAGGUUGGAGAGUGGGUAACUUUAAGUGACAUUGAAACGCACCAAAAACAACUCCAAAGGGGAAAAAAAAAAAAGUAAAUGGAUAACAAACGUUGAGGAAUUUGCUGGAUAAAGCUUCUGACGUUUUCUCUGACUUCUGUCAUAAAAAGAAGAAGCACCAAUUCUCUGAACGGAGUCCCAACAAAAGCCUGGGUUUUGAGUCUAUAAGAAGAACACUUCAGAAUAA